CCUCUCCGUCUCUCUUCUAUUCCUUUCUUCCCGCAGUCUUUUUUUUUUGGUCUCCUGUUUUCUUCUGUCUAGAAAGAAGAGGAGUAGAAAUCGGAGCGAGGAAGGGAACUCGAAGGAAAAAUCGUGGCAUCUGGAUCGAAGAAAGGAGACCGAUCCAAGUCCCAGUUUUUGCAUCGACGGAAACCCUCGCCAAUUGAUUACAUCGCUCCUUGUUGAGUGAAAAAUGCAGAUUGACCCAGCCAAUAUAAAGAAAUGGAAUGUCAUAUACCCGGUGUACAUUAACUCAAAGAAGACAGUUGCUGAAGGCCGCAGGAUUAGUGCCACAAAAGCAUGCGAGAAUCCCACUUGCAUUGAGAUUGGUGAUUGCUGCAGCUAUCUCAAGAUUCCAUUUGCUAUCGAGUUAGACAAGGCGUAUCCUCGGGACUUCAUGCAAAGGGGGAGGGUCAGAGUCCAGCUUAAAAGAGAAGAUGGAUCUCUCUGGAAUUCUGAAAUCGAUUCAAAAAAGCAACUGAUGCUGAGGAUCGCAGAGUUAAUCCCGAAGCACCAUGGAAGGACCAAGAAGCAGGAGCCCGUCAACACUUCAACUGCUGCAGGACCUUCAAAAUCCGGAAAGGGAGGAAGAAAGAAAAAGUGAUACAUCGUCUCUCAAAGAGUCUGUCACGACCUGUGAGGGCGUUUUCACUACAUUGGAACCUUACUUUGUCAUGACAAACAAAUCCCUCUAGCUCUGGCUUCUCUACAUUUUUAUCUUGUCGCACUGUUACUUUCAUAUAGGAGUAUUUAGCUUCAUUAUUCGACAAUGUUCAGUGUCA